GUGGACGAUGACAUACACUAUCUUCGCUCUCUCAACCCAGCAGACUGGAAGGUGAGAACUCAGCCAGCAUGGUCCAGUCAUAGCAACAUAAGAAUGGAGAAGACUGCAAAAGAUUGGCUGGCCUACACUGGAUAACUCCUGACCAGGAUCAUUAUGCAGUACUGGGACUCCGAAAGCACAGGUACAAGGCCUCUGAUGAUGACAUCAAAAGAGCGUACCGCACGAUGGUUCUGUGGCACCACCCAGACAAGCAGCGAGCAGCUGGGGAGGAGGUGAGGGAUGACGAUGACUACUUCACCUGCAUCACCAAAGCCUAUGAGAUUCUCGGGACCCCAUCAAGCGACGCUCCUGGGACUCGGUGGACCCAGAGUUUGAUGACGAGGUGCCGGCUGUCAGUGCACACAAUAAGGCAAACUUCUUCCAGAUUUUCACAGGGGUGUUUGAGUGCAAUGCUCGUUGGUCCACCCACAAGCACGUUCCUGGCUUGGGCAAACCUGAUGACACCAAACAAAAGGUUGAUCGCUUCUAUGGAUUCUGGUACGACUUUGAUUCCUGGCAAGAGUUUUCAUAUCUGGAUGAGGAGGAAAAGGAGAAGGGACAGGAUCAAUCUUGCCAGCCGGGAGGAGCGUCGAUGGAUAGAGAAGCAGAACAAGGUAGAGCGAGCGAGGCGUCGGAAGGAGGAGAUGGGUCGAUUGCGCAGGCUAGUUGACAAUGCAUAUGCCUGUGACCCAAGGAUAGCCAAGUAUGUUUCGUUACUUAUUACUGAUUUCGUGUAUUUUCGUUGUAUCCCAAUAAAAGUUGAAAUUUUGUGCAUUAUCCCAAGAGAUAUUUAUCACAAGGAGUACUUUUUUCUGUUGUUACAUAAUACUUCAAAUUUCAUUUUGAUGGAAGGGUUUAUGAUGAUUUAGAUUGCAAAGAAGCUGUUCUUGUUUUACUUCUGACUCCUUAUGAGGGAAAAAUUAAUUGCUGCUUUUGCUGUCUACUUCUGUAGCUAAAGAAUGGGUAAGUUUAUAGAAAAAGAGGGAAAGAG